UAUCAAUAUUUCCUCAUAGAUUUGACUAUUGGAUUUACAGGUGGAGUGAUAAGUGAGGGGAUGGAACAGAUAAGUAUUGGCAUUGGUGUUUACAGUGGUAUCUUCAAACCGGGGUAUAUUGCUAGCAUUAAUAUGCAAAUAAAGAAUUCACAAGAUCAUUCAUCAAUAAACAGUACUUUGGAGUUUCAGAGUAGCAUUGAUAGUUACACCAUUAUAUUUAAUGCUACACAGCUUGCAACUGAGCUCAACUUGAUAAAUCCUACUAAUAUUACUGCUCUCUUGCUUCCUUUUGAUGAUGAUGAUCUCCUUGUCUCCAUUUCUCCUGCUACAUUAAACAUUACAAUGUCUAGUGAAUCUCCAAUACCUUCUUUAGCUAGCAAUACCGGUACGUAUUCUCAGUCCAGUAUGUAUUCUCAGUCCAGUACGUAUUCUCAGUCCAGUACGUAUUCUCAGUCCAGUACGUAUUCUCAGUAUUCUGAUGCAGCCACUAAUUACUGUACUCCAUCAGUAUCUAUUACAACCACCACAAGUACAUUAUUUUUCACUGUUCAACAGCCAGCAAGUACAGUAUAUGUGACUGUUCAACCCACAAGAAGCAUUACUGGUAGUACAGUGUAUGUGACUGUUCAACCGACUGAUGCAGUAUCUACACAAGCUAGCAGUGACAGUAUCAAUAGUUCUAUCAUUGGUGGACUCUUUGUUGUUAUUGUAAUUGUUAUUACUAUUAUCAGCAUCAUUGCUGCAAUUAUUAUGUACAGGUGUGGCAAGAAAACUGGUCAAAUGGAGAGCAUUCAAAUCACUUCUACUACCACAGAAAUGAAGAGGGUUCCAUACGGCAUUACUAAUCCAGCUGCUAUUGAUUCACGAACUUCAGAGAGUCCUCAAGAAAUGUAUACUGAAAUGGCAUCAGUUAAUCCUCCUCCUCCUUCAAUGAAGUCCAACACUAUUUCGUACUCGCACUUAAAUCAAUAUCGUAAUGUUGCCACUAGCAAUCCUCACCCCAGGUCAUACACUAUGAUAAAUACUGCUACAAUGGAUAGACCAACCGCAUAUGCUGAUGUUACUAGUCCUCUUCCACCUCCUCCACAAAUAGUAGGAGAUGUACCUGAUCCUUUGAAUGAAGAAGAGGAAAUAUAUGAAGACAUGACAGCAACUGCACUAUAAACAUUUAUUUUUAUUGCUGCUAUCAGACAUUUAGUUUUGCUUUCAAAAAA